AUGGCAGGAGAGACUUCGAGAUCUGGAGAGUGAGAUAUACCACAGAUUUGUCGACCAUAUGAGUAAACAGGUAAAAAAGCUAAUAGAUCAUCCUCUUUUGCAAUCCCUUUCGUGCACAGGAAUUAGCCCAUAUGUGAGUCUCAAUUGUGAAUUCUUCAACCAGGCACUAAAACGAUCAAAAUCCUACAAUGUGUGACUGAAAACGGAUACUUUUUAGAUACUGAAAACGUUGAACAAGCGGGUUCUAAGAACCUCAAAACUGUUUUUUUGUUGUUUUGAAUCUUAUUUGAGUCCUGGUUUCCUUUCUUCCAGUUUUCAACCUUCUUUGAAAGAAAUCAUUACUUCACCGGUGUCAACAUCAACAACUUCAGGUUUAGUACCAUAUCUGCAUUCUUACAUGACGAAUUCUUAUGGAAGAGUUUUAGGUUUUCAUUUCACUUUGAAAUAAGCUGUAAAUAAGCUUCACUUCAUGAAGAAAGAAAGCUUUUCUAACGCGACAGCGUUCAUGCAAUUUUUCCUGCCAAUAAACGCUUGAGUUAGACACCAGGUUGCCCAGAUUUCCACUAAGAAAAUACUUCCCCAGUCUGCGUCAGGCUUACUCCAGAACUCCCCUCCCCCUUCCUAAGAGUCUGCUCGUACGCUGACGUGCAGCGAUAGGUUUCCAUUUUCUAUAGGCUCCGCCGCAAAAAAAAGAAAACAGCAGUCAAUUUCUUUUCACUCCAUUAAGACAAUCGGCUUUUUCACUGUUUAUGCAAUGCCUGAAAGACACCCCUUGACCAUUAUUCUUAAUUCAAAGUACAUGAAUGAAUACUGGUAAAUAAAUAAGACGACCUGUGUUCCUCCCUUAGUGCCGGAAGUGUUGUAGUCAAUCUAGAGCUGACGUUUAGCCAGCUAUCCUAUGAGGACAUUCUACGGCUGGAGGAGGCACUGAAAAUCAACAAAUCGCUCGGAAAUGUGGUCAUGGAAUCGUUAGAAACAAGCUUUGUUAACGGUAUUGUGUGAAAGACGUCUUACAUUUUUACACGCUGAAUGAAAAUAUGCUAACACAUCUCUUGACAAAGUGGCUCGAGAGGUACUCUGCGAGCAGAGGCUACAUUUUCGCGGUAUGAGCUGGCGUGCGAAAAGUAGCUACUUUUCGCACGCCAGCUCAUACCACGAAAAUGUAGCCUCUGAUCGCAGGGUACUCGAGAGGAGGCCCGUACCUAAGAUCUCAUCCACUCUAAUCCGUUUUCAAAGCCAUCUGUUGUCUUUUUUUCAAUAUCGACACAAGCGUCUUUGUUUCUUUCACCAUGUAUUUUCCUAUAUUUUAGCUUGUAAACGCAGCAGGCCAUCGGAUCACGGAGUUGUGUGAAUGUGAAGGGUAUCAGCCUUGUAAGGUUCCAUUCUUAGACCAAGCGAACCAAAUUAAUCAUCACUCUCUGUCGGUUAAGAUUCAAAUUUAGGAAGAGUUUUACCGCAGACUCGUACGCAGCUGCUUCUCUGUGUUUACGUUAUGAUUAACGGGAAGGGUUUAGCAGAGAGCCUUUGCGUGUGUCAAUUUUUCUUUCCAGAUUCCUGUAAGUAACGACUUGGGAACGAGUCCUCUUUUAGCUCACCUGUUUUACACUGGUUGCAAAAACAAAGCCGUAUUAGUCUGGAGGGAGGGUAUCACCAAAAAAUUACUUGGGUUGAAUCUAUAUGGACUUAAACAUAUUCGAAACAUUGAUUGAGUUUGCAUCCCUUAUGGGGUAAAGGACAGAAAAAAAAAACACUUGAAAGAGUGUGCAGACAGGUAGGAUAAAGGGGAGAUAGGGGCGUCCUUUAGCCUCCCCCUCCUGGAAGUUUGUUCACCGGCUACUUUAAGUUAACAGUUUGUUGGGCUGCAGCUUUAAACUCUAAAAGAAAAAUAUAUUAACAUGGUGUUAUGUGUUACAGUGCCGAACAAAUCUCCUCAAGUAAUCAGUGCGCAUGCACGCGAUAACUCGUCAAUAAAUGUAACAUGGACUGGACUUAGGGAGGAAGACUUCCAAGGUGCUUCUCAGGGAUACAAGGUUUUAUACAAGAAAACAGACAGUGCUGUAAACUAUGAUGUUCUAACAGAAUAUGGUCCCAGCUACACUACCGUGAUCCAGAACCUACUGCCAGGAACAUGGUACACCAUACGAGUCCUGGCUUUUAACGUUCAUGGCGAUGGUGUACCGAGUGAACCUGUCAACGUCACAACAGCAGGUAAAUGGUGUGAGCUCAGAAACCCACCCUGCCUGGGCGUUUUUGCGGAAAGGGAGGCUAUAUACGAUACAAUACAUCUGAUGAGUGUAGACUGAAGAAAAAAAAAGAACUUGGGCGGUUAAAUAGAACGUUUUCGCUCACUUGGCCGGCAUCUACACAUUAUUGUACGAAAAAAAAAAAAAGAAAAAGUUUAAGAACGAAAAGAGUUCAACUAUCGUGGGAUUAGCUUGGAAACAUCGCCACUGUUACAUUGUUUUGGAACACCAAUAUGGCCGUCGUUACGUCAUGUGAAAUUGAAACCGUUAAAGGAAAUAAGUUUCUGUAGCAUUACACAUUGCAUUUUCAGCUCUUUUUCACUCUUAAAACUAAACACGGUAUUCAAGGCACAACACAACAAUUCAAUCCCCUGUUUUAACCAGUCUUAGUUUUUCUCCUUGCUUUUAUAAUUGACAACUUUAACUGUGGAAUCCUGCACUUUGUUCAAUAGUAAAUCACCUGAAUGUUACUGGCCACAAUUUAUCUUGGAGUAAAAUACAAGUGUACUGGAACCCAGUCCCAUUGGACAUUCAAGGCUACAAUGUGAAGUACUGGGCCCAGAAGAACGGCGAAGAGUCUGCAAGUGUCAUGAACACAUCAAAGACUGUUCACAGUCUAUCGAUUGAUUUUUUAGAGCCCUUUACGGUUUAUGUUGUGGAAGUGAAAGCCAUGCUGAUUGGGCAAGACAACAUUAAAGGUCAAACACGAGUUUCUACAGAUGAGCAUGGUAAGAACACGUACGCGCGCGUGAUACAGUUAAAACGCGGUUGAUUAGGGGAGAGAAUUACACGAACCGGACUGACUCGAUUUGUCACCUACUUGACUACAUGACAACCGAGCCAACCUAGUUAGCCGGGAUCCUUGUAUCAUGAUGCCAGGAUCGCAGCUAACCGGUUGGCAUUCCCAGGGGACUGCCCCUCCUCCAAUUUUUGUCUGAUCUUGUGUUAAAAUUUCAUAGUAACCCCAGUAACUAAUUUUGGACACAGAUUUUGAUACAGAUAUUAAAUCAAAAAUAAAUAAUAUACAUAAACAUAUAGCUGUUAAGUCUCCUUGUCCACUUUCUCUAAAUUUUCUGGAUCCAACCUUAAUGACAUGGUGGCAGAAAAUCGUGUGUCGCAAGUAACCGAAAGCACUGCUUGCAACAUAGCCGAUUCUGAACUUGCUCUUAUCAGUGGUUUCAAAGGAAGGCUUUGUGCCUUCAGUUAUUUUUACGACAAUGCAGUCCUCAUAUGGCUACUGAUUUUUCAUGGCCAACAACUGGACCCUGAAGGACCGACAACAUCCAUACAUAGGGUGGGGAAGCAUUAAAUAAAUCGCCUGUUUCAGAAAGAACUUAAAGAAAGUCACAAAAAACAAGUUUCGAUUUUAUUCAGUGACAUAAUUGCUAACGAAAAUAAAAUUCAAAAGAGGAUUUUAAAUUUACAAGGCGUAAAUGAAGGAAUUUUAACAAAAAUCAUUCGGGAGAGACUAAAGAAGAAUAUCGAUGACAACGUAAACAAUUGCUACAUUCAUUUUUCAUUUGUAGUUCCAUGGGCGCCUCCUACGAUAACAUCAGUAUUUAACACAAGCUCCACGUCUAUAUCAAUACAAUGGAGGCCGAUACCUGAUGACCUUGCAAAUGGAAUCCUUUUAGGAUACAAAGUCCUAUAUCAGGCAUUUCUUCUAGGUUCUUCUCAAAAUUUCACAUGGACCAACGCUUCUACGACUUCUGUUGAACUACAGGGACUAGAAAAGUUUACGCUAUACCUUGUUGGGGUGUCUGGAUACACAAGCAAAGGCGCAGGAGGGGUUCAGUUUACCCAUCUCAGUACAGGAGAAGAUGGUAAACUCAAUGUCACCUUGGUUUCUACAGUCAAAACCUUAAUGUGUGACAAACAACACUGAACCUCCCCUCCCAUCUAUCCAAACACCAAAGACAUUUCAAGACUAAGACGAUCGUUGAAACCACUAAAAAAUGACCACCCUUCGUUAACCCUUUUAAGUCCCAAUAGUGACCAACAACAAUUUUCUCCUAACGAUAUCCAUACAUUGUCAAGAUAUAAGUUAUGAGAAUUAACAAAAUGAUCAGCAAAGAGAAAAUGCUUUGAUCUUUUAUCAAAUUCUGUCAACUAAUUUUUAAGGAAAUAUAUAGAGAUCAGUUUGGAGAAUUUGUAUGUGGAUACUGAAGCUAAAGGGUCAAGUGUCCGCGACCACGUUUAGGGAGACAGUUUCAGGAUUCCAUUGUUUUGAUUAACGCUUGUAUAGUCUGAUCUCAAUGUUUACGGUACGGUACUACGCAACUCAGAGCACAAGAGGGACUUAAAGUAAGCUUAUGGCAAUAAAUUAUCCGACCUCCAAGUAGGAGACCCUGUGGUGGUUCUCCUCUCAAAUGAAUCAUUUACAUUUUGGGUUGUCGCUUACGGGAGUUUCGACUGUAUUGUACAGCGCAAUGGCAGAUCCAGACCUUCAGAUAAGGGGGGAGGAGGGGGGGAGGGGGGGCGGUCUCCCCCCCAAAAUUUUUCGGCCCUUCGGGCCUCAUUUUGAUUGAAAAAUAAGCGGGGGCGGGGGGGGGGGCGGCCCCCCCGAGCCCCUCCCAUGCAUCCGUCACUGCAGCGAGAAGGCGUAUGCAUGUAUUGUUAAAUGGGAAGGUGAAUGUAUACAACCGGAAUGUGCGCGAUUAUGAGUAAAAAGAUACUCUCAAGUAUUUAAGCUUCUUUAUCAACAUUUGGUACCUUAGACAAAACUUCUAUCUACACUGUCUUUUUGCAACACUGAUAAGCCAGUCACCAGUGCUGAUGUCAUCCACGAUGUAGCUAUACCUAACCGUCGCAGGGUUAGAUCAUGGGAUCGAUUGUUCUUGCAAAUAUUUGACUCUUAAAAGAGUCAAAUCACAGUGACUAGCACACAAUGGUCUUAACUGGAUAAAUCCUACAUUUAAGCAAAAUCAAAUGUAUAAUUACGGUAGCGAUAAACCUACUCCGGUGAAUUAAGGAAUGGGUCCUCGUUACAUGCGGGGUUUUAUGACUUGAUCUUGUUUUUUCCAGUAUCUUCCUUUAUUUUAAUCUUAGACCGCUGUGUUUAAGUCCAGAACCACUUUGGACCUUAAACAGUCCUUUUUUAGAUCACGUGACCAGCCACGCCCAUAAUUAUGCAAAAUUUGGACUUUGCAGAUUACACCAGUUUACUGAAUGUGACCACAAUCGUUUUUCCUUCCAUAAUAUUUCAUUUACAGUCAAAUAAGCUAAAUUAAUCGGGGAUUUGUGAAAUGAGCUAUUCCUUCGUAAUUAUUAGAUAUUUUUCUCUCGUCCCAGUCUCCCUCUUAACAAGAAACGCUAUAGUUUACAAAACGUAGAUAAUUUAAGAAAACCCCGAUUAAUUCCAUAAACUUUGUGUCAAUAAUCAUUGACAAAAAGUGAAUUAAAUUACAAGUGGUAUUUAUAAAGUGGUGUAAAUUUGGAUUGAAAUAAAAAGUGAAAAAUGGGUGUGACAAGUCACGUGACACAGAUAAUACAUUAGUAAUAAUGAAAAAUGGAUGCUUAUGGGAAGUAGAUAUUGGAUUUAAAAUAUUAAUGCGAAAGGUAAAAUCCCCACUAAAACAGACCACCCCCCUCCAAAUUUGCAGUGCCCCAUUCCUUAAUUCACCGGAGUAUAAUUAUUUUCGUUCCUAGCUCCAAGCUGCCCUCCAAACAACGUAACGGUCCAGUCAAACGGCACAGGUUUGAUUAACGUAGCUUGGAAACCAGUCGACGAACAGUUUCUUCAUGGGAUUUUGCGAGGCUACAAAGUUCGCUACAGGGAACAUGCGCAAGCAGCCUUUACCAAUUGGACUGUGAAAACUAUUACCCACGAUACAAUAAGAACUGAGCUAGUUAAUUUAAAACCUGGCACGAUGUAUGGAGUGCAAGUGUCUGCGUUUACCGUUAAAGAUGGCGUUUGGAGUGAAACCGUGAUGGGGAAGACACAACUGGGACGUAAGUUUAAUUUGCGAAAUAACGUUUUGUUCUUAGAAAAAAAACACGCAUGAAUGGUCACAUAAAUUGGAAAAAACACAGACACAAUCACACUGGCAGGAAAAUGCAACAAACAAAAUACAUUCAUUGCCCGACAAGAUUCGAACGUAUAACCUCCAAAAUACUGUGAUGGUGCUCUAUCCACUGAGCUAUGAUAUGACUAGUGAAGAGCACGCCAUAUACACGGUUCAUGUGUUCGGAUCCGCAAUGUGGAAAGUGCACUUUACAGAGAUAAUAAAAGAUGGCAAAUUUUAAGCGCGGUAGUGAAUAAGAGAGGCGUAUUGAUCGUCGGCAGGUUACAAGCACAGGACAAAAAGAUUACAGAGGUUCUCUGUUUUUCAGUUAACUAGCAUGUACCUUAAUUUACUGGUAAAUUUAUACGUUUAUUGCAGUUGGUUUGCUAGUUAGUCCUAAAAUGCGCCCCUCUGAUGCAGUGUUACUGAUUUCGUCUAGAUCUCCCUCACCCACAAAACGUAACAGCCCAGCCAGUUAGUCCCACCUCUGUGUUAGUAAGUUGGAGCCCAGCAUUAACAGCGUCCGUGAAUAUGAGCCUACAGUACGUUGUCCAGUGGGAACAGAUUGCAAAUGGAGUGAAAAAGAACAUCACUGUAAGCGACAGUCCACACACUAUCGAGGGACUGAAUGCGCUGACUAAUUACACAGUCUGUGUGGCUACAGAGUAUCAAGGAGUUAUCACAGAAUGCAGUGAUGAGGUGUCUGUGCAGACU